UAGUCCAUGCUCUUUCCUAUAAGAACCCAGCUCAAGUAGAAUAACCAACCUAAACUCAGCCAAGAUGACAACUUUUACCCUUUGUACCCUCUCUUCUUCUUCUUCUUCCCAUCUGCCAUGUUGCAUCUCCAAUUCAACUACGGAAGAAGUUCAUUUGGGAUCCCCUCUUCUUCAGAGGCAGUUCAUCUUCAACACCAAUUGGAGGAAAGGCAGGAGAGGAAGAGGAGUGAGUUGUGGGAUCUCAUGCUCAGCUGAGGCCAAGACAGUGGUGAUUGGUUUGGCAGCAGACUCAGGAUGUGGGAAGAGCACCUUCAUGAGGAGGCUAACCAGUGUGUUUGGAGGUGCAGCAGAGCCACCAAGAGGAGGAAACCCAGAGUCCAACACUCUUCUCAGCGACACCACCACUGUGAUAUGCCUUGAUGACUACCACCUUUUGGAUAGGGAAGGGAGGAAGGAGAAAGGGGUGACUGCACUGGAUCCAAGGGCCAACAACUUCGACCUCAUGUAUGAGCAAGUGAAGGCCCUCAAAGCAGGGGUGGCUGUGGAGAAGCCCAUCUACAACCAUGUCACUGGCCUGUUGGACCCCCCUGAGCUCAUCCUGCCACCAAAAAUCCUCUUCAUUGAAGGGCUGCAUCCAAUAUUUGACUCUCGUGUAAGGGAUCUCCUGGAUUUCAGUAUCUACUUGGAUAUAAGUGAUGAAGUGAAGUUUGCAUGGAAAACUAAGCGUGAUAUGGCAGAACGUGGGCACAGUCUUCACAGCAUCAAAGCUAGCAUCGAAGCUCGAAAGCUUGACUUUGAUGCUUAUGUUGACCCACAGAAGCAAUAUGCUGAUGUUGUGAUCGAAGUUUUACCAACACAAUUAAUUCCUGAUGACAAUGAAAGGAAGGUGCUGAGAGUUCGAUUGGUGAUGAAAGAAGGGGUGAAAUACUUCAAUCCAGUUUACCUCUUCGACGAAGGCUCUACUCUUUCAUGGAUACCCUGCGGGAGGAAACUAAGUUGCUCAUACCCUGGAAUCAAAUUCUUCUAUGGCCCAGAUACUUAUGUCGCUCAUGAGGUUUCAGUGUUGGAGAUGGAUGGGCAGUUUGACAGAUUAGAUGAGCUGAUGUAUGUGGAGAGCCACCUGAACAACCUCUCAACUAAAUACUAUGGGGAGGCAACAGAGCAGAUGUUGAAGCAUGGCGAUUUCCCCGGCAGCAACAAUGGGACUGGCCUCUUUCAAACCAUCAUUGGCUUGAAGAUAAGAGAGCUAUAUGAGUGCAUUGUUGCUGAGAAGUCAGUCACUCCUUUGGAAGCAGCAAGAGUUUUUUAAUCCUUAAGUACACAUUUAUCUCUAGUUUUUCUCUUGGGAUUCAUUUGAUGUUCCGGCUCCUUGGAGAGGACAUUAUGAUUGGUAUUUCAUGUAAUUUACUUUAUGAUUUGUAUAGCCUGAAGGCAGAGGUGUAAGAAUGUUACAAAUUUUAAUUUAAUGUCCAUUGAUGAUAGGGUGAUCAGAACCCCUUGAAUGAAAA